AUGGAAGAACAAAAAAAUAAAACUGUACAAAUUAGAUUUGUUACUUAUAUUAUUAUAAUAGCUAUGUAUCUUAGCUUAGGAGUUUAUUGUGUUUAUACAUUUGAAAGAGAUGCUAGUAUAAAUAGGAAAGCUAUAUAUGAAAAUAGAUGUAAAGAUAUUAAAAAUGAAUCUAUUCAUAAUAUUGAUAUAUAUGUUAAAAAUAUUACAAAAAGUUUAUCAUCAAAAUCAUUUAAUAAAGAAAUAAAUGAUUUAGAUUUAAUGAAAAAUCUUGUUGAAAUUAUUGAAAAUAUUGAUAAUUGUCAUAGAAAUUUUAAUAUUUCUGAUGUUAAAGAAGUAAAUAUUUGGAACGCAAUGUCACUUAUCUAUACACUUAGCACAACAUUAGGUUAUGGUGAUAUUUAUCCUUUAACUGAUAAUGGAAAGAUAUUUGAAAUAUUUUUUACUUUAAUUGCUAUACCAUUAGUUAUUGCAUUUUAUGUUGAUCUUUCAGAAGCAUAUAUAUGUUGUGUUAUUAAAUUAUAUUAUAAAACAAAACUUAAUCUUCAAAAAAAAAUAUUAAGAAGAAAAAUUACUGAUGCUAUUAAAGAAAAAAAAUUAGAAAAAGGUAAAGCUAAACAAAUGCCAAAAGUUUAUGUAUCAGUUGGAAGUUUAAUAAUCAUAUUAAUAGUUUGUACUGCAAAUCAUUUAUAUCAAGCAUCAUUAGUUGGAAAAGAUGAUGAUAUUAUUUAUUCAAUAACAUAUGUUUAUGAAAAUUUUGGUCUUAUUGGACUUGGAUAUAAUGUUCCUGUAGAUACAUAUUUAUAUAUUACAAGAGAAUUACCAUUAAUGUUUAUAGGAAUUUGUUUAUAUGGACAAUAUAUUAAUAUAAUGGUAAAUACAAUUCGUAAUGUUAUACCACAAACAAUUAGAAAAUAUCGUUCAGAAAUUGAUAAAAAUUCAAAAAAUCAUACAUUAUUAGGUUAUUUAAUUUAUGAACAAGAAGAAAAACGUAUGGGUGUUCUUGCUGAUUAUAGAUCUGAAGGUAACAAAAAGCCAGAAAUUUUUUUACCGGUAACAGUAAAUUGA